AUGCGCGUGCAGGGACAAGCUCUCCCGUCGGUGGACUUUACGCCACUGACAACCCCCUUCAGUGCCGGCGAGUGCUCUGAUCGCGCCGGCGAGUGCUCCGAUCGCGCCAGUGAGCACCAGCACGCGCCCACGCCCACACCGCUUGUGUCCGUCCACCCGCACCCGCUCAAUAAGGAGGGGGAAGCUUAUCUGCUCCUGAACUUACACCGCCACCCUGCCCUCGAUUCAAUCGAAACAGCGGUGUCUGCACCGGCCGCUCUACCGGAAGAACCUCUGACUGUCAAGGCGCAGCCUGUUGCCGUGGAGGAGUCUACUGAGCAGCCUGAGUCUAUCAAACCCUCUGCCGCCGCCGCCGAGAGGCAACAAACGAUAGAAGGGGGUGGUUUCUGUACCAAGCGACGCGGUCAACUCUGUGCUCGCUCGAUCUUGGACAACCAUGGCCAUGCAAUCCCAGCUGAAACCACCACCACCACCACCCCUCCCACGUCCCGCCCACAAGUCCCAGGCGGGAAACGUGCCUGCUCCGACACCUGCCCCAUUGCCGUUGGCUGGCAAGAAACGGCCGCUCCCGAAAUUCAAAAAGAAAAAGCAAGAAAACCCACAAUUGUGACUCGUGCCGCACCUGAGGAUGUCAACAUCGCCGUCGAGUGGCCUGGGGGUAUGGUUCUGCUUGGCGUUGGCACGUCGUACCACCCUCCCGCCCCUGAAGAGGGCUAUACGUAUGCUGAGGGAUUCGGUGGCAAUGGUCUCUGGCGCUGGCACGAGUUUACACGGCACCCCGAGCUCCUUGACCACACCUCGCCCUUCAUGGCCUGGGCUCAUCUUCUGACACAGGACCAGAGGGACCACUUAAUACUCUAUCUUCACGCGUCUAGGCAAGACUGCAUGCGGCUUCCAGACGAAGCUGCGGAGGGGAAGGAGAGGUUUGAAGGGAGGGAAAAGCUGGGGAAGAAGAAGGGCAUGGGCACGGUGAACGGGAUGUACAGGCUUACCGACGAGUUGUACAAGGACAUGAAGACGUGA